AUGAUACCGAGACGACAGGUACCCCUGGUACUGGCUCGGGCACGCCGACGCCGAGCGGUGACCCACCGCUAUCAGCACUCGGUGGCCGCAGUGCCAACGCCACACAGGUCCUUCAGCGGCAGCUGCAGUCAUGAAUCUGUGACGGGUAUGGACGAAAACCCCACCGACAGCGAGUUGAUGCGGCUGGAGGAGGAGUACGCUACGCUCAAAGUGAACUGGUUCCCGGGCCACAUGGUGAAGGCCACCAAGGUCAUCCGGGAGAAGCUCAAGCAGGUGGACAUGGUCUUCGAGGUUCGCGAUGCGAGGAUACCCUUCACCUCGGCGAACCAAGACUUGGACAAGAUCGUCGGGCCGAGCAAGGCGCGGCUCAUCGUCCUCAACAAGGCGAGAGCAAGACAGUGCCUUGUAGCCGUGCGUGACUUCCCCGCGUUGGGCAAGGCCGCCGUGUACGCCUGCGGGCGAACGGGCACCAACGUAAACAAGCUGCUGGCGUGGGCCAGAGAGCGGGGGGCCAGGAGGGGGGAGUUUUCGACCACGGGGGCCAUCGCGAUGGUGGUUGGCAUGCCCAACGUUGGCAAGUCCAGCCUGAUAAACCUUCUCCGCGGCAAAGCCAACUGGAGCGGGAGUGGAGGAGGGGAUGGAGAGGGAGCCAAGCAGGUGUGCAACCGUCCCGCCCUCGCCGCCCCUUUUUCUCCUCUCCGCCUUUGCCGUGCCGUACCUUCACGCGAGGUGGCCCGCGUGGGUGCGAUGCCCGGCGUCACCCGCCAAGUGUCGGCCUUCCGUAUCGCGUCCAACCCGCCACUCUACCUGGUGGACACGCCGGGAGUCAUGGUGCCGCGGGUGGAGAGCAAGACGGCGGGACUGUUCCUCGCGCUCACCCGGGCGGUCCCUGAUUCUGCGGUGCCCCCCGAUGUGCUGGUGGGGUUCAUGCUGCGGGUCGUGAGGUCCCGGAGGUCUUCCGGUGCACGGGACCGUUCGGUGACGGCGCCUUCGGCUCCGAGGGCGACGUCGAGGGCAGCGGCGAGGAGACCCGCCUCGCAGCCUAGCCCUUCCAAAGCCAUCGCGGCGUGGCUAUUGCAACCAGCGGGGAAGGCCGAGCGAACAACAACGGAUGCAAACGGCGCCACCGGGCCGUCGAUUUCCGACGACGACGAAACCUCUGCCGUCGGAAAACACGGGAAGCAGCGGCAAGCCGACCGCGAGUACACCUCGGAACCCGGCGACGACGAAAAAGAAGACAGGGGAGACUGGGAACGGGAGGACGACAUGGAGGCGUUGCUGGAGGCGGUGGAGCGGGAGAGCGGGGCGGAGGGGAAGCCGGCCCUGGAAGCGCGGCGGAUCUGCUGCCGGUUCCUGCUGGACGCCUUCCGGGACGGACAGUUCGGGAGGAUCACCCUCGACAGCGUGCCCCGACGCCGCGUCUUAAAAACAAACACUGCGGCGGAAUUGGCCUCCGGACCACUACCCCCGGGGUGGGCGCAGCUGGUGGCGCGCCGGGGGAAAGACAGGGGGCGGGCGGAGGCGGGGCGGGUAGUGCGAGAGGGGCGGCGGCCUUCUGCUUCGCAGGAAAGCGACCUCGCUGAAAGGCUGGUGCGGGACUGGUCGAGCGCGGACGCGUGGGAGGGGGCAGACGCAGAUGCGAGGCGGACUUGAUUGGGGUUGGUUUAUGUUUUGCCUUGCUUUAAGGUCGGUGGGAAGCACUUGAGCAACCGUUUCAUUACACAGGCUGCGGUGUGGUAAAUUUUGAAGGAGGGCGAAGAUGGACUUUCGCGCCCGGUUUUGCGGUGUUUGCGUUCACGUCGACCUUGCUGUUAUUCCGAAUUACAAUGGAUUUCUUUAGCAACAUACCUUAUUUUCAGGCAGAGGAAAUGUGUUCACCAUGAAUAACAAAGGCCUCCAGAGCGCGUAAAAUUCCCUGGGGCGGAAUUCAACGAACGAGUGAAUGACGCGCGUUUCGCCAGGAACGUGCUUGCGUUCCGUUCCGAGUAUAACAUAACGAAUCUCGGAAACAAGAGCUCAAAGCGGAACGUGUCCAUCAACCAAACCAUCGGAGCUUCCUUCUGCGCGCAAGAACAUCGCAGCAUGAGGAGCCGCGUGCGAUCCGCAGAAGGCUUUCGGGUCUACCAGACGCCAGAGGUGUACACGCUUCUCGUCUUUACGUAUCGCCACAAAGGUGGUGUCGUGCCGUUCGACUCCCGUUCCGUCCGUCAUGUGCAUCCGGCGGUUUUCACGACAGCGAAAACAAACGACACAGAAAACCAAACCAUAGCUAGAAGAUAUUAACGCUUCAUUACAUACGCAACAGCAGUCCUUCCUGACCUUGUUUGCCAAAGCUGAUCGCCCGUCAACCACGGAAACGGCCAGAACAGGCAAGGGUUAGCAUCCCACGUCCAGAAGAUUUUCUUUCCUGCACAUAAACAGAGAGCAGCCGGCCAGAAGCGCGCUUUUUCUCUCUCAUGAACAAUCUGCUCUCUCUAUUUAUCGUGCCACAACGCGUGCCUGCCGCCGCCGCCGCCACUAGAGCGAGGAGCUACCCUUGCGGCUCCAAACCCUAACCUUUGGGCCGAACGCCGCCUCCUUGCCAAGAGCAAACCCCAUAUUGCUGUCACACCACAUAAAGCAUCAUCCCCCAAUGAUCAACACACGUCCACUCACACAAAAGCGGUGUGCGACGACGGACAACAUCACGCCGCCUUUCCGCGUCAUCGCACAUGUGUACAAGCCCCUCACGUCACGCUCGAGGCUUGCCCUCAGCACACGCCGGACCAAAAACGGCAAGACAAAGCAUGAGCAAACACGGUUUUCAGGCAUGGCCAUUUCUUUUCCUGGUUCGCUCGCUACGCACCCGCGAUGCACAACCUGUACAAAAGGUAGCUUGUCUAGGUUACUCUUAUUCCAACUGCACCGCAAGCCCAAAAUUGAGAACAAAGCCUCGUUUUCCACUCCCACCACACGGCCGCCCUCCUCCACCUCAGCGUCGACAGAACAUCGGCAGGGGUCGCGAACGGGCACCAUUCCCCUCCCCCCGCCCCUCAAACAUACCGACCCUUCCACGCCUGAUUCCUUGCCCUUUCGUGCACAAGGUGCCUGUCGGCCGACACCCCCGUGCAGCAAGUAGCCGCCCGCUAUAGCCAUAGUCUACAUCCGUCUCUCGUUGUCCCUCGCUCCUCCGGGCCCACCAAAACCUCGCACGGCGGCAGCGGCAGCGUCUGCAGCUGCACCAUGUUCCCGUCGCGCCGAGAGGCCGGUUGGAGGUCUCCCGUGCUGCUGCUGCUGCUGUUGCUGC